UGUUGGUUUUACUUUUUGGUUUAUUUUGGUUUUCUUUUGUUUGGUAAUUACAAUAAUCAUGGAACCUGUUGAUCAGAAUUUAACAUGUGAUGAGUUUAUGGAUCAAUCGAUUACACCUUUAGACGAACUAAAAGCCACUGGCUCUUCGACUCGAAGUAUAUUUGAAGUGUUUAUACUCUCGGUUCAGAAAAGAUUUUGUGUCGCUUUGGAAACAAUUGAAAAGAAAUCAAAUGAAUCAAUUGUCGAUAGCGAACAGAACGGAUAUUCUGGUCGGUGUUUUGUCGCUGAUCGAUGGCAAAGGAAAGAAGGAGGCGGUGGAAUUUCCUGUGUUCUCCAAGACGGCAAAGUGUUUGAAAAGGCGGGCGUGAAUGUCUCUGUGGUGACUGGUCAGUUGAGCAAAGAAGCGGUUGUCCAGAUGAAGAAACAACAUAAAGACAUUGAUCUUGAAGAAGGUCGAGAGUUGCCCUUUUUCGCAGCGGGUAUAAGUUCAGUCAUUCACCCAAGGAAUCCUCAUGUGCCCACAAUCCACUUCAACUAUCGUUACUUUGAAAUUCAAGGUCAAAAAGGGUCAACCGAAUGGUGGUUCGGAGGUGGAACUGAUUUAACUCCUUAUGUUUACGAUGAAAACAGUUUCAAGCACUUCCAUUCAACCCUCGCCGAUGCUUGUGAUCGUCACGAUAAAAGUUAUUACCCCAAGUUUAAGGCGGAAUGUGAUGAUUACUUUUACAUUAAACACCGAGGUGAACGUCGAGGUGUCGGUGGAAUAUUUUUCGAUGACCUUAAUAAACCUUCAUUAGCUGAUUGUUUUGGUUUCAUUAAGAGUUGUGCUCAAGCUGUGAUUCCCUGUUAUCUACCAUUGGUUGAGGCUAAUUACUUGAAAUCUUAUUCACCUGAUCAACGACGGUGGCAGUUAUUGAGACGCGGUCGUUAUGUUGAAUUUAAUUUGGUUUAUGAUCGAGGAACUAAAUUUGGUUUUGCCACACCGGGAGCAAGAAUUGAAAGUAUCCUAAUCUCACUUCCACUUCAUGCUUCAUGGGAGUAUAUGCAUUCACCUGUUGAGGGAAGUGAUCAGGAUAAAUUGAUGAAAAUUUUGAAACAACCAAAAGAUUGGGUUUGUUAAAUGUUUAUCCAAAUUAACUAGUUUUGAUUUGUUCGUUUCUUAUAUAAUAAUAUUAAAGAUUAAUAAUGAAAUAA